AGUAAAAAYAAAAAGAAAAACACACCGUACACAACUCAUUGAAAAGCUAGCAUGGCAGCCACUAAAGACUCUAAAGAACAGAAAUACGACAGACAGCUCAGACUGUGGGGCGAUCAUGGUCAAGAGGCUCUUGAAAAUGCACACGUGUGCCUGAUCAAUGCCACAGCAACUGGGACAGAGAUCCUGAAGAACCUGGUCCUUCCAGGGAUUGGCGCUUUCACCAUAGUUGAUGGCCACACAGUCUCUGGGGAAGAUGCAGGAAACAAUUUUUUUCUUAGCAUUGACAGUAUUGGAAAGAACAGAGCACAGGCUGCCACAGAACUACUACAGGAACUGAACAGCGACGUAUCAGGAAACUUUGUAGAGGAGAGUCCAGACAAGCUUCUGGACAAUGACCCCGAGUUCUUCCACAGGUUUACAAUAGUUAUCGGUGUGCAGUUGCCAGAAAGCACGUGUCUGAGACUCGGCUCAGUUUUAUGGAGCGCCUCGGUACCUUUUCUAGUCUGCAAAACAUACGGUCUCAUAGGCUACAUGAGACUGGUGGUGCAGGAGCACACAGUGAUUGAAUCUCACCCAGACAAUGCAUUGGAGGAUUUGAGGUUAGAUCAACCUUUUGAUGACUUUAAAAACCACAUAAAGUCAUAUGAUCUUGCCAACAUGGAAAAGAAGGAUCACAGUCACACACCGUGGGUUAUCAUUGUUGCUAAAUAUCUGGAGAGAUGGCUCAGUGAGCACAACAACCAGCCACCAAAAAAUUACAAGGAGAAAGAGGCCUUCAGACAAAUGAUUCGAGAAGGAAUCAUAAAGAAUGAGAACGGUGUCCCAGAGGAUGAGGAAAACUUUGACGAAGCCAUUAAGAACGUCAAUACAGCUUUAAACCCAACCAAGAUUCCCAGCACAAUUGAAGACCUUUUCAACAGUGAACAGUGUAACAACAUCACAGCACAAUCGUCGUCCUUCUGGGUGAUGCUGCGAGCUGUGAAGGAGUUCACUCACAGUGAGGGGAACGGAAGCCUCCCCGUGCGUGGAACCAUCCCCGACAUGAUCGCAGACUCUCAGAAGUUCAUCAGGCUUCAGAAUGUUUACAGGGAAAAGGCCAUGCAGGAUGCAGCAGCUGUUUCUAAGCACAUGGAAUGUUUACUACAGUCUGUUGGAAAGCCACCAGAAAGCGUCUCUGAGAAGGACCUCAAGCUGUUCUGUAAGAAUUCAUCCUUCCUGCGAGUCGUACGUUGUAGAUCUUUGGAAGAAGAAUAUAAUGUGGAGUCAAUAAACAAAGAUGAAAUUACUUCCUGUAUGGACAGUCCGGACAGUGAGAUGGUCUUCUACCUCAUGCUUCGUGCUGUUGAUCGGUUUUACCAGCAGCACUCCCGCUACCCAGGAGUGUAUAACUACCAGGUAGAGGAAGACAUCAGUAAACUGAAGCUGUGUGUGAUCAGCCUGCUGCAGGAGUAUGGCCUCAAUGUCAACAUCAAAGACGACUACAUCCAUGAGUUCUGUCGAUACGGUGCAGCAGAGCCGCACACAGUUUCUGCAUUCCUGGGAGGAUCAGCUGCUCAAGAGGCUAUUAAAAUCAUCAGCCACCAGUUUGUGCCCUUCAACAACACCUUCAUCUACAACGCCAUGUCCCAGACCUCUGCCACGUUUCAGCUGUGAGUCCAGUCGCUGGUUCUGAACCGACCAACAGGAACGUCUGACGAAACGAAGGAGCUGAGAUUUGAGUGGCCAAGGUGCUUCUUGUGGAGGGAGGGGGAAAAAGAAAAUCGAGCGCUUGUCUGAGAUUUUCUUAAAACUCUUUAUCCUUCUGCAGAAAAUAUUAAACAAACCUGGAAGUAAAAUAAAAAACUUUCAUCUUUGAUGAUAUGUAACAUCUUAGCAGCACUUUGUAUGGUUUCGUUUUUCUCCUGCUGUAUGUUUUUGUUUCGUCGACCUUUAUAAAACCUGUUCUGUUUCACUGUCGUACAUUGCUGUAAAGGAUUCCUUCAGUUUGUCUGAUUGUGGUCAUCUGUUUUCAGCGUGAAGGCUAAUUUACUGUUUUAACUGCAAACAGGUGGAGAAACACUAUUAAGUGACUAAAACUUGUAUAAUUUCUGAGGGAGAUUCAUUUAAAAGGUUUGUAGGAUUAUUUAUUCCUGGUAAAUGUUGUUUAGUGAGCAGGAAGGGAGGCCUGUAAUCUGUUAGUCUACAUGGUAUUCUUUUUGUUCAACACUAGAGGGCGCUCACAUCCAAGUUUGUUUACAGUCUUGAGCAGAGACGAAAUACUGCGUUCAUGCUGCUUUUUGGGUGUAAUGAAGCAAAGGAAAACUGUUAGCAGCAGUCUGACAGGUUGUGUAAUAAAGAGAAUCGUGGUCUUUAUAACAAACCUGUAAUAAACAGCCAUGUUUGAGA